GAGCUGCUCAAAAGACUUAGCGAACUUUCCAACAUUGUCGCGCUCAACCCACAUCCACACUACGCGCGUGCGCGACAAAGACCUCUUCUGGUUGGAUCUAAGCAUCUUUAAUUUGCCAGCCAAGUCUGAAGCUGUUUGUUAAUCACUUCCUUUUUCCAGCAGGCCGCGAUGGACUACGAACCGAUGAAUCUCGAUGGUUCGGAUUCAGGACCAGGCGUUACAAUAAGAGAAACUUCAGAUAACCACGUUAACUUUAUCCUACGGAAUGUCGACCUCGCUUUCGCAAACUCGUUACGGCGGGUCCUUCUCUCAGAAGUCCCUACGAUGGCAAUCGACAUCGUUGAGGUGGAAGCCAACACUUCAGUGCUAGCAGACGAGUUCAUUUGCCACAGGCUGGGUCUUAUCCCAUUGUCCGCCAAGGGCGUCGACGCAGUAGCGUAUUCUCGCGAGUGUGACGAGUGCGAAUCCUACUGCGACAACUGCAGUGUGACUCUGCGACUGGACGCGAAAUGUACUGGCGACGACAUCAUGCACAUCUACGCGCGCGAUCUGGUGAUAGUGUCACAGCGAAAGAAUGAGUUUGUGGGGGCGCCUGUGAUCACGGAUCCUGAGGGCAAGGGUUGUUUAAUCGCGAAGCUGCGGAAGGGGCAAGAGAUCAGGAUGAAGUGCGUAGCAAAAAAAGGUAUUGCCAAAGAGCAUGCGAAGUGGGCACCGACAGCAGCCGUUGGUUUCGAAUACGAUCCGCAUAACAACCUGAAGCAUCUAGACUACUGGUACGAGAACGACGCUAAGGCGGAGUGGCCUCUCAGUGAGAAUGCCCAGUGGGAGGACGCGGCGGAUCCGAGCGCGCCGUUUGAUUACAAUGCCAAACCGACACGCUUCUACUUCAAUCUCGAGACAGUGGGCACGAUGGAGCCAGAUGUCUGUUUCCAGAGCGGCAUAAGAGUCCUACAGCAAAAACUCGCUGAGGUUGUAGGGGCACUGAGAGGUGACGGGAACGCAAAUGGAGAAGAUUACGUGCCCAGGAGCCCUGGACGAGGCGAUCAAGGCUUUACAACUCCAUAUGCGGGUGGUGCAGCCAGUCAGUGGGGUGGCGCUACGAAUUAUGGAGGAGCCAUUACACCCUUUGGACAAGCAGGUGGUGGCGGUUGGUGAUUUAGCUUCCAUGCAUGUUUCAUACUAAGAGUAUUUUGAUGUACAUUAUAUGCAAUACGCACUCUGCGAAGACGGGUCCCGGCCUAUCCAUCCGCCUGCAUCUCCAGCGGAGCAUAAGACCACCAAUCUGAAUGGAUCUACUUGUGGCAUGGACUAGCCCGAAGCUAUCCUGUAUGUGCUUGAGGCGGUGAGACAAGAUGGGCGAAGAUGAAUUUUUGGGACCUCGAAUUCCAAAAUUCGGCUCCUAUAGAGCAUUUCCACAGCGCGGAGUUCGAAGAAAUGUUCUACUGUUCGUAAUAGUCAGAAAGGCCCGUCACAAGAAUGACAGUCGCUGGUCUUGGCUGGGAAUUUUGAAGUCUUGAAACAUG